UAGAACUGUCAAAGAUUUUUAGGUUAGUAACAAGGUUUUGAGUUGUGCAGAUUUUUAUUGUGGUGAAAUUGUAUGUAUACAAAGACACGAUUAUUGCUAUAAAUACUUUUAUCACCAAAGUUGAGUAAAUGAGAUCUCAAAUAAUUCGUCACAAUGGAUGAAAAUAAAAACGAUGUCAUAGAAAGUGAAGAAAUAAAGUCAACAGCUAUUGUGAAGUAUUCUUUGCCCAAACCAGCUCAAUUCAUGAAAUUACAAUGUAAUACUGAUUUGAAUAUGCCCCCUUCGAAUUGGCUAAGUAGCUCUGCAGACUCUUAUGGUUUGCAGCAAGUUCUUUCUCAUCACAAAGGAUUCUCUAGUUUCAGAAUGGCUCAGAUGUUUCCGGAUUGUGUGGGAGAAGUGGACGUAGUAUCAGAUGCAGAAAACAUAAAGAAGCUUCUCAAAAUUCCAUAUCACAAAGGUCACGUCAGUAUGAUGGUUCAUAGGAUAGAAAACACUCUGCUUAUAGAUGAUUUUGAUAUAUACAAACACCUUCUUAGAACUUCCAAAACUGAAUGGGAAUGGUUACGCAAGUUUUUCUUUGAAAACAUCAAUAGAGCAACUUGUGAAGAAGAAAAGCACUUAUAUUUCAAGAGCCGUAGAAGAGAAGCUCUGAAGGAAAGAAGUUUGGUGUCCAAGUUUUUGUACCAUAGUUUGGUUCCAACUGAUGCUAAAGAAACAAAUGAUUUGGUUGAGAGUACUAGUUGUCAUCCUGCCCAAGACCCCAUUUUACCUGAACCGUCCCCAUCUACAGAGUGCCCGGAUUCAUCAACACCAGAUCACAAGUACAAUAGAAAUGUUGUUUGGACAUUUGAAGAUAUAGAUAUGUUACUAGGUACUGACAUGCCUAUAUUUGGUGGAGGCACUCAUCCUUGCAUUUCUCUGCGUUUGAGAGACAUGAGUAAACCGAUUAAUGUGCUGACUGGAAUUGACUACUGGCUUGAUAACCUUAUGUCCAACGUUCCUGAAGUUGUAAUGUGCUACCAUCUGAACGGCAUUGUGCAGAAAUACGAACUAGUCAAAACGGAAGAUUUACCAAGGAUGGGAGACUCGAAAUUUUCACCUAAACUGAUAAGGGAUGUAGCGCAGAGCAUUUUGAGUUUUUUGAAGUCCAAUGCCACCAAAGCUGGACAUACUUAUUGGCUGUUCAAAGGGAAAGACGAAGAGGUUGUUAAACUUUAUGACCUCACGAGUUUGUGUUCAGAAACUGAUGUGGAGAAGGGGCAAAAUCCUUUCACCAUACCCGUUGCAAUGUUACUAUACAGGGUAGCAAGGAAUAUGAAACACUCCAUUGACAGGCAACAACCUGGUACUAUUCGUAUGCUGCUGAAAAAUUGCAUUAAGCUUUUGCCUCACGAAAAGUAUCCAGAAAUUGUUACUUCUUCACUAUACAUGCUCGCUGAUCUUUAUGUUCCUGCAAAUACAAAUCCAGAAAAUCCUGGGCUAGAAGAGAAUGAUCAAGACGAGGAGAGUUACUUUGAUGAUGAGUUGUCUGAUGAUGAAAAUGAAGAGGAAGCUAUGAAAGUUCUUGUACUAGAUAAUAGCAGGGUAGAACAUUUCAAAAAUUACUACAAAACGCCUGCUCCGAUUACAGGAGGUGUGGUGGAAAAGUGUUCUUCAGCCAUUCAUCAUGUGGCUGCUGGCUUGAAUUGCCUCAAAUUCUUUCCGGAACAACCAUCCAACACUGAGAUCAAUCGUAAUGAAGAGGAAGAGAUAAAAAUGGCCAAACCUUUCGAGCCUAUACCUAUGCCUUACUCAAAACUUCAAGACGAAAAACCUGUUCAAGAAACCAAUAGGAAAAACAAAAGGAAAGAUCGCAAGAAGAAAUCCGAAGAAAAACCUACGAUAGACAAAAAUCAAGAGAAGCUCAGCAACGCACUUCUGCCAAAGAACUUGCACGAAGCGCAACCACUGCCUACGUGGAACGAAAAGGUUUCAGGUGACAUAUCGUGGAAGGAUCACCUGAAGACCCUUCUCUAUGAAAAAGCGGUACUUGUGUAUGCCACCUUGUCCGAGUAUCACUUUGUUAAACGUAAUUAUGGAACGAGUUUGCGGUAUAUAGGACUUCUGACUAGGUGUCAGUUGGUGAUGAACAAGUUGCAGUACACUUCUGCUGCUCUUCGUGAGAACUGUCUAUUGGGUAGGGCUGGAGAUUGCUGCAUUAUGAUGAUACAAACAUGGGUUGAAUCCGAAAACUACAACAUCCAACUCCACAACAACUCCGAAGAAGACUUCAAAAUGAUGGAGCAACUCGAGCAAGAUGAACGCUUCUAUGGAAUCAGUAUUGGCGAAAAUCAUAUGAGAUGUGUAUUCAUCUAUGAUAUUCGUACCAUCGAACAGAUGCUUCUCAAAAGUAUCGAGUGUUAUGAAGCAGCUCUCAAGUUGUCGGAAACUGACAGUAUACUGCGAAGAUUGGGUAACAGCUUGAAUGAAGUUGCCUCUUACUACCUCAACAGAGCCAAGACUGAAAAAUCAGCGAAAGACAUAAUUCUCACCUGCAAAAAAGCAGAACCUUAUCUCGUUCGCGGGCUGGAAAUAUUCGAAAGAGUUAAGGAUGAAGCGAACACAGCUCUUCUGUACACAAAUACAGGGCAUCUACAUAGGUUGUUAGCUCAUGCUCACACCCCAGAUGAAAGAGGUGAGAUUACGUCACAGGAGAAGUUGCACUACAAUAAAGCCUUUGUCAAUUAUAAAAAAGCGUUGCAAGUUUUGGGCGAGAGACAGCACUGUCCCGGUAUUUGGGAUGCUGUGAAGUGGGAACUUUCAACGGCGUUGUUCAACAUGGGCACCAUAUUGCAUGAGAAUCCUUCCUCGUACUUGAAUAAAUCUGAAGCUGAGAAAGAAGUGAUAGAAACUCUACAGAAAGCACUCCAAUACUGUGACUUUGAUGAAAACAACCCUAAAUACCCCCUUUACCAAUAUCGCGCAGCACUUAUACAUUACCGAAUAGGUUCCCUUUAUCACAGUCAUAUUUGGUCAACGCCAAACGAUUCUAGUAAUAGAAAGAACAUCAUUCAGUUGGCGAAAAUAAACUAUGAGAAAGCAGCGAAAUUAUAUUUCCAGAGUUCAGAUCCUGUCAACUACUUCACCACACAAAUGCAAAGAUUUGCCUUGUCAGAGUACUUGGCUGAAACUACCAGUGUUUCCAAUACAAAAAUAAAACAUCUUCAGCAUUGUUUGGAGAUAGUUCUGGAAAUGGAAGAGAUGAUCAAUCUUUUAUUGGAGAAGAAAGUGGAGUUUCAAGAAGAAAUUGAGCAGACUGAAGAUAACGGAGAAGACAACAAUACCUUCAAAACGUGUUUCUCUUUAUUGAAACUAGUGAAAGUUCGGUUGCAGCAUAUUCUUAAGCUGUUAGUGAAAAUUUGCCUUUCGAAACCGCCUCCUAAUAAAGACUGUGAAAAAUUAUCUGAACUUUAUAAAAGUUGUUAUAAAUUGUCUUUCGAAUUGAAGGACAGCAUGAAAUAUUCUGAACUUCUAGAAAGACUGCAAAGUGUUCUGAAAAACAUUAAGAAAGAAGUUAGUGCAUUUAGUAGUUGAAGUAUCACAAUUAGUUAUUCAUUUUGAAUAUUUUCAAACAACUAUGUUUCUUGGUUAACAAACUUUAUGAUGUUUGUUACAUUUUACUGUGAUAAAUAAACGUUUUUAAACCAU